GUCUGCCGAACUCAAUUGAAGCCGUCGGAUUUAACGGAAACGCUGUAACAGGAAAUCAAGCAGGCAAUUUUGCAGUGGCUAAUGGAACAAAUGUUAAAGCCAUUGGAUACAACGGUAACAAUGCUACAUCAUCAGGUGGUCUUUCCGGAAAUUAUAACGUUG